GCAUGUUGGGCAUGCGACGCGAACAAACCUUAGAUUUCCUGGUGUUUGCUCUGUUAUUAUUUGUAUUGUGUUUUGUUGUGUUGACUAAAUAAUUCUUGUCAAUUUCUAAGUGCAAAGAAACAUGAAACUCCUCACGCACAACAUGUUAACAUCUAGGGCGAUGAAAGGUGUCACAGUCGGUUAUCCUCUGAGAAUUGUCGCCAGAGACAUCAGGGUAUCCGAAGUAGAUUUCAAUCCGGAAUACAUCGCUAGGAUAAUCCCCAAACUUGACUGGACAGUACUGUGGAAAGCUGCAGAGAGCAUAGGACAUGUCGGUGAAUUACCUCAGAUUUUAAUAGAAGAUUUUGAGUCAAACGAGGAUUUUUUGAAAAAAGUUCACCACGUUUUAUUGGAAGUCGAAGUUAUAAACGGAGAAUUGUUGUGUCCAGAAUCCGGUAGAAAAUUUCCCAUUAACGAUGGCAUUCCAAAUAUGCUUUUAAACGAAGAUGAAGUUUAAGUAACAGAAACCGAAUAUUCCAAGAAUAUUAUUGUCACCUUUUAUUAUUAUAGUUGUUAAAUAAUUCAUACAUACAUAUCUAUAUUAUAUAUACUUCUCUAUUAAUUUAACGUU